AUGGUCCAAGUCAAUGACUUUGCGCUGGACGCUCUGCGAACGGAUGUCCUUGCAGGCUUCCCUCUCCUGUUUGUUACGACGGGGCUAUGUGCCGGCAUGAUCACGCUCCUGUCCAUCGUCUUCGUGGCGACGAUAUAUGUUCUCAUCCGUAAAGGCAUCCGGCUCCGAUCAGUAAAGAUCUUGCUCGCCGCGGUAACAUUUCAGUACAUAUCCACCAUCGCCUACUACGCGUUCCUGCUCGGAGGUGUCGCGCGCGAGAACGACGAUCUACUCAGCGUCGCCAAUAGCUUGAACGACCCCGAUUACGUUCCCCCUGCGGACGGCCUGCCUUUAUAUUCCGUCACGGUCGGAUGGGUCAUCACGGCCUUGUUCAAUGCGAGCUCCUUUGUCAGUGACGCGAUCGGCAUCAUAGGCGCACUCUUGUCCGGCAAACGGUCUCAUCUGUCAUCAACGAUGUUCAUCUCACGGAACGGGUUCGGACUGGCGUUCACUCUACUGACGCUGACGUCGAAUAUCAUCCCGACAAUGUUGAUCGCAUACCGGGCUUGGAAGCACCGGGAGUCGCUGUACGUCGGCGAACGGCGAGCGCUGCGAUCUCCCGCACUUGGCGUGCUCCUGCUGCUCAUCGAGUCCGGCGCUGCGUAUGCGAUGGUCUGGAUCCUCGUCGCCACCUUCGAGAUCACGGGCGUCGCAGAUCCCAACGGCGCGGUCGCGAAGCGAACCGUGUCCUCUCCCCUGUUCAACGAAGUCUUCGGGCUGUGCCUCACCUCCGUCGUCGCGCUGUACCCGAUGGUGAUCAUCAUCGUGGUCUACACCCGCUUCUCGCCGCUCGAGCACGUCUCCAUCCACCUCUCCACCAACGUCAACUUCUCCCAGCCUUCUUCCCCCGCCUCUAUGCCUUACGCCCCCACGCCUCUGCCUUACACCCCCACUUUCGCGUCGUCCACCGAGCAGACCCGCAGCGUUUCGGAGUCUGCCGGUCCCGUCUCAAUCAUGGUCGGCGGCCACAAAUCGUUCGACGCUCAGACCACGCCCGUAUAA